UCUCGGUUAGCCAUCAGGGAUCUCGGUUUAAUAUCUCACCGUGCAGAGACUCGCCCUAUCUCUCCCCCUCUCUCUCUCACUGACUAGCCCUGGAACACCGACGACCGAGCUCGGAGAACCCGCCUUCUUGUUCUCGUUUAUACGCUUUUUGGAUCGAGGGAAGGGAGUCUGCAACGCCCUGGGUUUAGUUUUAAGCUCCGUGUUUUGUGUGUGCAGUGCGCCAUUGGACCUUGUCACGAUUGAACACAGUAUAACCACAAAUGAAUGGAGCCAUGGAGGCAACCACCCAAGACAAAGUAUGGGCACAGGACGACCUCUUAAAACUGCUGGAGGCCAUGAAACUGGCCCUGCCUCAGAAGGACCUGACCAAAUACAAAACAUCAGAGUCCCACCUUGACUGGACGAAGGUGGCCUUCAAUUCCUUCACAGCAGAGAUGUGUAAGCAGAAGUGGUCGGAGGUCUCUAAAGAGAUUCGUAAAUUCCGCACUCUGACAGAACUGAUAUUUGAUGCCCAGGACUAUAUCAAGAACCCAUACAAGGGCAAAAAAUUAAAGAAACACCCAGAUUUCCCCAAGAAGCCCUUGACUCCAUACUUCCGCUUCUUCAUGGAAAAGAGGGCGAAAUACGCAAAAUUGCACCCUGAGAUGAGCAACCUAGACCUUACUAAAAUUCUCUCUAUGAAGUACAGAGAGCUUCCUGAAAAAAAGAAGAAAAAGUAUGUCGAAGACUUUUUAAGAGACAAAGAAACAUUUGUGCACAGCAUGGCGAAGUUCAGAGAACUACACCCGGACCUAAUGGAAAGCAUGACGAAGAAAAGUUCAAAUGCACCAGAAAAGCCCAGGACACCCCAACAGCUGUGGUACAACCACGAAAAGAAGGCUGUCCUCAAGACACGCCCGGAUGCAACAACCAAAGACAUUAAGGAGAGUCUUGGCAAACAGUGGACGCAGCUGUCUGACAAGAAGAGACUCAAAUGGAUUGCCAAAUCCCUAGAGCAGCAGAAACUUUACGAGGAGACAAUGCGGGGGUACAUCCAGCAGCACCCGGAGUUAAACAUGACCCAAGGGGAUAUCUCCAAGUCCACCCUGACCAAGGCAGAGAGGCACCUGAAAGACAAAUCUGAGGGCCGACCUGACAAACCUCCUCCAAAUGGUUACUCGAUGUUCUGUGCGGAGUUGAUGUCAAGCAUGAAGGACGUUCCCAGCACGGAGCGCAUGGUGAUGUGUAGCCAGCGGUGGAAGCUGUUGAAACAGAUUGAGAAGGAUGCUUACCAGAAACGCUGUGAACAGAGGAAGAAGGACUUUGAAAUCGAUAUGCACGUAUUUCUCAGUAGUUUGUCAGAGGAGGAACAAACCCGAGUUUUGUCUGAGGAUAAAUUAGGCUUUAAGAGAGGCGGAGCCAACAGUCCUGCGGCAAAAAAGAAGGCCUCCAGAGCAAAUGUUAUUCCAGAGAAACCCAAAAGGCCAGUUUCAGCCAUGUUCAUCUUCUCUGAGGAGAAGCGGCCCAAAAUGCAACAGGAGCGUCCGGACGUUUCUGACAGUGAGAUCACAAGACUCCUGGCUCGCAUGUGGAACGAGCUGCCCGAUAAGAAGAAGGAAAAAUAUAAGCGCUUAGAAACGGUCCUGAAGGCAGAGUCGGAGAAGAAGGAGAAAGAGGAUCGUACUCGACUGCCCGACCCCCCCAAGACUGCUCAGGACAUCUGGCAGCAGAGCGUCAUCGGAGACUACCUGGCCAGAUUCAAGAGUGACCGGCCAAAGGCACAGAAAGCCAUAGAAGCAACCUGGAGCAUUAUGGAGAAAAAAGAGAAAAUCAUGUGGAUCAAAAAGGCUGCAGAGGACCAGAAAAGAUACGAGAGAGACCUGUGUGAGAUGCGCUCACCUGCUGCUACCAUCGCCGCAGGGAAGAAGAUGAAAUUUGAGGGUGAACCCAAGAAACCACCAUCAAACGGGUAUCAGAAGUUCUCUCAGGAGAUGCUGUCCAACGGAGAACUGAAUCACCUCCCAAUGAAAGAGCGGAUGACAGAGAUCGGCGCCCGCUGGCAGAGGUGUACACUGAAGGAGAAAGACCGCUACAAGAAGAUCGCAGAGGAGAAGCAGAGGCAGUACAAAGUCCUUCUGGAACAGUGGCUUGGUAGCUUGUCUUCACAAGAGAGAAACACCUACAAAGAAUAUAAUUCACAAAAAAGAAGAACUACAACAAAACUAGGAGGCCCCAUGCCAAAGGCCAAGAAAUCUGACACGGAGGAAGAGGACGAUGAAGAUGAGCGGGAAAAGGCUUCCACUGAGACAUCCUCAUCCAGCGAGGAUGAUGACGAUGAUGAGAAGGAGGCGGAUGAUGACGAUGAAGACGAGGCAGAAGAUAAGGAGAACAAGUCGGAGGACAGCAGCAGCGAUUCGAAUUCGCAGGAGUCGUCGGACUCUGAUUCGGACUGAAACUUGCCGACGUCUUCGUGAGACAAACUGAGCAGCGCUGAGCUGAGCCAAGAGUCAAAGGAGCUCUGCCACUGUGCCAACCCUGCUCUCCUCCGCCCACCAGAGGGAGCCCCGCACCGCCUCAUCCACCUCACACUCAAUGUCACUGAUGGUGAUCUUACUCAUUGAGGGACUCCGCCCCUAUGUCCAAAAUCAGUUUCAUCCCCUCCCCCGCUGUGAUUGGCAUCUCACAGUACGGGCCGCUGACGUUAUGCCAAAAACUCGUUCGGUGACGUCGUUGGUUUCAAUCUUGACUUACAGGUUCAGGGUUAGGAUAGAGUUUUAGUGUUGAGGGUAAUUCUUAACCUUCCAGUGUUUUAUUUUAUUCUGGUAAUUAGUUAAAGACAGGCGGCAUGAGUUGUUAACAGGCUUCAUAGAGCCGAAGAACAUGGAUCACUUUAGGGAGUGACGUGGGGAGGGGGGGGGUGGUUGUGUGUGCUGGGUAAUGAAAUAUUGCACUCUUCAGAAUGUUUCCCUAUUUUUGUCCUAUUUUUUUCUCAGAGCCUUGUCGCUUUGUUCUCUUUUCUCAAUUUAUGAUGUAGAUUUUAUCAUUUGGUUGUUAAAGAGGUGGUAUUUUUUCAGGAAAAAUAAUCAAGCCAUUAUGAAUGUCUUUUGUUGCUGGAAAUUUUUGGGAAUUUGUUACUAACUCAUGUUCUCAUUUAAUAGAUAGCAGUGCCUAUAUAAAGUAUUCACACCCUUUUGGACUUUCAUGUUUUAUUAAUUUAUGGCGUUGCACAAUGUGGAUGCUUUGAUACUCUCGGACAGAAAAAAAAAAAAGGUCUUUAUACUGCAUCAUUACCAUGAAAUGUACUUAUUUGUUCACUAAUAGUGAGGAACCCUGUACACAACGAUCUGCGAUGUGUUUCAAAGUGCCGCGGACAUUUCAUAUUUGAAGUAUAACUGACAUCGAUUGCAUCUAGUAAGACAGCAGCAAAAUUGCCUGUAAGGAAAACACAAAUGUAUCUAAAUAUACAGCAAGUUUGGAACGCCCACAACAUCAUUAAUCUCCAUAAAUGUGUUGUUUUUUAAUCAUCCCUGUGAAUGUGUAUUUUCUGUACAUGUUCCUUUGUCUUCACAAGUAUGUUUAAUUACAGACUGAGCUUCUAGGUAUAGGUUUCUUACUGGUCCCAAUUUUAGUCACACAAGUGAUCUCACUUCAACUUUUAAGAAUCAGUCUGCAGCAGUCAAUACCUUUUUAUAUUCAUUAGUUUUUUUGAUAUAACUAAAUGAAAACAUCAUUUGUAAAGACUUGUUCUGUUGUGUGUCAAAACAGCGUGUUUCCAUUAGGCUUAAAACAGAAAGAGAUUUAAAGAAGGUGAAUACUUUUUAAAGGCGCUGCCAUGUGUCUGUCAUUUAUUGAAGUUAACAGACAUGUCUCGUACAUUUUCAAUUCUGUUUGUCUUAGUUCCUUCUGGCCUGACUGUAAUGAACAGUGUGUAUUGUGUGACCGAGCAGUUUGUCAUUGAAGGGAUAACACUGGUUUUCCACAUGUACAGCUCAAUCUGACUAAAGAAUACAGAUGGUAUAUGUUUGUUCUCCAAACUGUUGUUUUAGGUUUAUGGUUUGAGUUAAAAAUGUUUGUUCUAUUGUGUUCUGAUAUAUCUGGAAUCAUUUUGUUGAGCUGAAUGGUUUUCAUAAAUUGUAUUUUCUUUUGAAUUUGUAAUGCUAUGGACUGUAAUCUGAAAGGGUUGUAGUCUAAUGCUUAAUCCCAAAAAAAGUGUGCACUUAAUGUAAAUCUGUCCCUCCUGUGUGAGUUUGUGUGCAUAUAUACACAAAGCUGUGUAUAUGUGAGUGUGUUUCUUUGCUUUAAUGUGUGCUGUUUUUACGGUUUUGUUGCAUACCAUGAUAUGACUGCAGCGUGCAUGUUUGUGCCUGUGUGGGGACGUCAUACCAACACCAUGAAUGUAGAUAUUGUUAAAUCUUUGAAUUUUUCUUUCCAAAGGUCUUUAGUCAUUUUUCUGGUUGGCGCUGUCGUGUCAUUGACAAGAUUUCCAUGACUCAUUAUAGGUCCAUAGACAAAUGAGUACAUCGCAACUAUUAAUAAUCUGUUAUUAAUGAACUGAUUUUGGCAUAUUGAUAGAUGGGAGUUUGUAAAAGGGAUUUGGGCAAGUUGCCAGAUGAUUGGGGUUAAAAACUUGUAAUUUUUCCUGUAAAUACUGUUUUUGUAUUCAGUGCUUAUUGUUUUGUUAGUGCUUUCAUUUGACAAACCCUCAUCUGUGACUUCUGAGGCCAGUGAGUUUUUAACUCAGGGGAGAGCUUUUGGUUAAAUUCACCUGUUUUAGUUGUUUAUUCUCUCCCUUAUGUUGGUUUAUAGAGAUAUCUAAGACAGCAAAGCUUUACAAGUUUGUACUGCUGAUCAUUUGACAAAAUGUGAUGUUUUCUAUAGCUGAGGGUGUUCUUAUGUCCUUGUAGUUCAAGUAUUUGGGCAAAUAAAAAAUGAUCUUUAACA